UGCUUAAAAUUCUAAAGUUUUAGAAUCACAUUUUAUUAGCAAUCCAUGCUGAAAUGGUACAUAAAAAUUUCCAUUUGCUAAUGUUCGGCUGUUGGCAGACAGUCCAUUUUUCUGGCUUAGCAAAUGUCAAUUGUUGCUAAAGUUAAAACAGAACUACAUAAUAGCUGGCAGAGCCACUCCUGGGUAAAUGUGGAGAGAAGUGAGGCGUUGAUUAAGAAAAGGAAAAUGUCUCCCUCCCAGUCAGUGAUUUUUAAGAUACAGAACUAAUGGGGAAAAAUGCACUGAAUGAGUGGGACAAAAUCUAACAAGCAUUUGCAAAGCCAACUGAAAAUCACAGGGAAGAUCUGGAAGCCCCUGGAGCCCAGAGCACCACAGGGAAAUUCAGGGAGGACAUGGGGGAGGGGAGGGAUUCCAGGCAAUGUAGGUUUCAGAGAUUUUAUUAUGUGGUACUGAAGACCUUAGAUUUGGUUCUGAAUGUAAUGGAGAGAACUUAAAGAUAUCUGAGAAUGACUUAAAAUCUGUUGAUUCCAUAGUUGUGACGGGUUGAAUAUGAUAUCACGUUUGCACAAUGAGCACGGGGCCCUGGGGAACGCAGAGCGGGAGCACCGUGCGUGCGAGCCCGAGCGCCCGGAGUCCGCCGCCCUCACUGUGGACUGCGGUCAUCUGCCGUCUUCCGACGCGUGACCCGGCGCGCUCCUGUCCCGACCGCCGGGCGCGGAUCCCAGCGCCCAUGAGCCUCCUUCCCCUGGCGGCCGUCGCACGCUCCGCGCCACACAACCCGCUCCGGCUGCUCGCGAGAAGGCUGGCCGCCAUGGCGGAGCCGCUGAAGUCUGUGGACUACGAAGUGUUCGGGACAGUGCAAGGUGUUUGCUUCAGAAUGUACACAGAAGGAGAAGCUAAGAAAAGAGGUCUGGUUGGCUGGGUGAAGAACACAAGAAAAGGCACAGUGACAGGUCAAGUACAAGGCCCCGAAGAAAAGGUCAAUUCCAUGAAGUCCUGGCUGAGCAAGGUUGGGAGUCCUAGUUCUCGCAUCGACCGGGCCGACUUUUCUAACGAAAAAACAAUCUCUAAACUGGAAUACUCUGAUUUUAGUAUUCGAUAUUAAUGGAAGAAAAAUAUCAAUUGCAAUGCUUAUAUUAUAGAAAUAAAACAUAUUCUUAGGUUUGUAAUAGGAGGAGAGUAGGACUAAGAACAGAAAGUUCCUGUUCUGAAAUUAUACAUUGUUGAAAUUUACUCACCUAUGUUUUAACAAGCAGAAACUAAAUGUUAUAAAAUAAAAUGUCAUUAUAAAUUAUCUGCUAUGAACAUUCAAGUAAAAUGUUGUCUUAUAGAGUCAUCCAUUUCAGAAAACAUUACAGUAUACAUGUUAUUUUAUAUUACAGUAUAUAUGUUAUUUGGCUAGACAUAAAAUAAAAUUAUCUAAAAUCACCUUUGGGUACUGUUGCCUAAUAGGCUGACUUUUAAUGUCCUCUGAAUACUAAUUUACUAUUAAGGUUGAGGGACUAGUCUUAAAGAUGGUUAAGAUAAAUUUGUGUGGUGAUCACUGUAACCAGAAAGUAUUAGCAAUGGAGAGUUAGCAUGUAAAAUUCCACUUACACUCAAGCCUGAUUUGGUGCAAAGUCGGACUUAGUAUCCUUGACUUCAUUGUUCUGUGGUCUGAUAGGCAAGCUUGGUGACAGCAGCUAGAAGAGCUAGUUUCAGUAUAGCAGGCUUUGAAAUUUUUAAUCUACUCCCUUCAGGUAUUACCCUAUGACUAAAAGCACUGAGAGUCUAAAUAAAUCACCUAAACUUGGACUGUCAUUUGGAGAUCUUCAAAUGAGAAUCAGGCAACAUAUUAUUGAAGAGAGGGUUCAUUUCUAUUCCAUGGAAUUACAAUAUGGAAUAGGAAAGACCUUUAACAGAAAAUACAACAGGAUUUCAGUUGUACAUACAUUAUAAAUGUUCUUCACUGAUUUCUAUUUUAAAUUUUAUUUGUUUUUAUUAUGUAUAUGCAUGUGCAGUUAUGCAUGAAUACAGAAAUGCAUUAUGAUGUGUGUGUAGAGGUCAGAGGACAACUUUUCAUAAGUCAUUUCUUUCCUAUCUUGUAUCUUCCCUGAGUUCCAGGCUUCAAGUACCUUUAUCUUUGUAGACCUGAUUUUCAUGUUUUUUAAAAAAUAUAUAUAACAAUUGAACCCUCAAUUAAAACACAGCUUUAUGUAGAACUGAA